AUGUAUUUGGAGAAUGAAGAAAAGAAUUAUAAUUUGGAAUUGAAAGAUAUUCAUAAAUCUAAAUAGUUUUUGAUUGAAUUUUUAGAGUAAAAAUUAUUGGGAUUUAAGGAACAGAAUUAAUAAUUGAAGUUGCUGAAAAAAAUCAGCAUCAAGAAUAGUAGUAUUAUUAUGGUAAGAAUUUCUGAGAAUUGGGUUGCAAGACUAAUAAUCUAGGGGAAGAAUGUAGUAGAUUGAAUAAUAUAAUAAAAUAAAGAGAUGAUCAAAUAUAUAGAUUAUAAGUACAAUUGAAAGAUUUAAUGAAUAUAAAUGGAAAGAAUCAGUAUUAAGAAGAUUUAUUGGAUUUAUUAUAAACAAAGGAAGGAGAGAUAAAUAUAUUAAAAGAACAGAAUGAAAGUUUGAUAAAUGAUUUAUGAAGAUAAACCGAUAAUUGCAGAAGUUUAGCUAGUCAGCAUAAACAGUUACAGAAAUUUGCAGAAGAUGCAAAAAUAAAUAGUAUAACAAUGAAUUAGUUCAUGAGUAAGUGUGAAAUUAAGAGGGAGAAGUAGAACGAUUAAGAAUGUAGGUUUUGGAGAAAUCAUUAUUGUUAGAGAAAGUAUAGAAAGAGAAUUUGGAGUAUUAAGCUAAAUUGA